AUGAAUUCACGAUUUUGUAGCAUAAUUUUUUAUACCAUAUCUCUGAUUGUAUAUUCAUUAUUUAUUUAUUUUCUAAAUAAAUAUGAAAGACAAAAAAUUCCUACAAAAAAAAUAAAACAUAUUUAUCAACUAAUUGAAGAUAAUUAUCGAAAAAGACAAAACAUAAAUAAAUUAAAUAAUGAAAUAAAGGAAAAAUACGAUUCUAGUUUUAGCAUAAAUUUAUAUAUUGUUUCUGCUUGUAGUAAGGAAAAUUCUGAUAUAUUUGGAGAAAAGCUUAUAUCGUUAAUUAAAGAAAAAAUUAACACACAUGAUAAAGAAGAGAAAAAAUUAUAUAAAUUAUUUAAUGAAAAUGAUCUUUUUUAUAUUAAUUUAUAUUUAAUUAACAAACAAAUGAUAGAAAAUGAUGAAACAAGAAAGUAUUCUGAUAUAUGCGAAAAAUUAUAUUCUAAAAAUAAACCACACCUUUUCAUUGGUAAUUAUUAUUAUGUGUAUGUUAAUCAAGAUUCAGAAAAAGAAGAAAACUUAUCCUUUACAUUAUCAACAACAAAUAUAAUAGAAAUUCAUUAUAAAAAAGUUCAAGGAAUAAAAAAUAACAAUUAUGAAGAAUAUAUAAAUGAGUCUUGGAAUAUUUUAAAAGGUUCCUUUUUUUUUAAAACCAACAAUCGGGUGUUAGAAUAUAUUCCGGAAGUUGAUUUAAAUUUUUAUUUAGCUAGUAGUCUAUAUAAUGAAAAAAAUUAUAAAAUAGAAAAGUAUUCAUAUGAUAAAGGGAAAAAUGAAAAUAAAAACAUAGAUAUAAAUAUAAAUGAUAAUAAACAGACAAAUGAAAAUAUAAACAAAAUUAAAGACAGUAAUGAAGAUAAUGAAGAAAAUGGUAUAAAUGAUGAUACAUAUAUUAAAAAAAAUAUUAAAAAAUUAAAAAUUCCAGUAUCUAUUGCUACGUGGAAUUUUUAUGAUGAUUUUUAUUAUCCUUAUAUGAGAAAUUUCAUAGAAAGAUUAUUAAAUAUAUUUCAAAUAAAUAUUUACCCACAAAUAAUUGGUAAUAUAAAUUUAUAUGAGAUAUCUGAAAAAGCUGAAGUAUAUAUAAAAGAAAAACAAGCAAAUAUAGGAAAUAAUACGAGAUUAAUAUUAUUAGACAAAGUAACAAAGUUUACAGAUGCAUUUGAUAAUGUAUCAUUUGAUAAUAUUCUAAAAAAACCCUCUUAUGAAAUUCCGAAAAAUAUAAAUUUAGUAGCUAUUUUUCCUAAUGAAGAAGAAAUUUUUUUUUAUAACAAUUUAAGUGAAAAAAUAGAAACAUCAGUAUCUUUUAUAGAAUGGGGUAUUAUAUAUAUAAAUAAUUCAUUCACUCGUUUGAAAAAAUUUGAAAAAGAGGAAAAUAAGAUUAUAAAUGUUUCAAAAGAGUCUCAUGCUAUUAGUGGAAUGUUUGUUUCACAUUUGAGAAAAUUUUUAGGUUUGUGUGCAAAUUUCAAUGAUUGUAUUUUUAAUUUUUUUGAUUCUGAUAAAUAUCAAAUAAAAUAUUUAAAUACAACAUCAGAAGAGAAUGAUAGUUCCAUUACUUAUUCAAUUACUACGAAGAAUGACUUAAUUUUUUCAUUUAUUUAUCAUAUCCCUAUAAAAAAUAGCAUAUCUGAUUAUGAAAUAUUAUCUUUAAUUCGUGAAGCAUAUAUAUAUCGUAUAAAUGAAUCAUUAAAAAAUGUAAAAAAAUUUUUAUCUAUAUCAAAUAUAAGCAUAUAUAUGAAAGUACCAUCAUAUACAUUUAAUGUUUUUAACAACAUUUUAAACAAUAUUGAAUGCAGUUUAAGUUAUAUGGAAGGAAAAACUUGUAAAUAUCUUCAUAUAAGUAAGUCAGUAGAAGAAAAUUUCCAACAUCUAUUAAAGGGUAAUAAAAAUAAUAAUUAUAAUAAAGAAAUAUACUUAAAGGUUGCUUUAAUUUUAGCACAAUCUGCAUAUCAGGAUUCUUUGCAAUUAUUAAGUGAUGAUAAAUUAAAUAUUUAUGAUAUUUUAUCUAAAGAUUUUUUAUUAGCUACCAUGUUACCAACAGUUUUUCCUUUUGUUUUUCCAGUUAUUUUUGCUCUAUUCAAAGAAUUUUUCAGAAUCAUUAAAAUAAAGAAAGUAAAAGAGGAUUAA